UCUGGUCAAAGUAACAAGAAGGCUGCUUUCAUCCUACACAUACAAGACAGAGAGAAGUCAACCACAGGCCCAAGCUGCUCUUUCAUCUGCAGCAGAAAGCACAGACUUCACCUAUUUCAAACACAUUUGGAGAGGGUUGUUACAGAUAAAUUUGCUCCUCACAUUACCAACCAACAGAUAACCUCGCCCAGGCUCACGGCAAAGAGAUGCACUUCUUGUUUCCUUUCACGUUGCUGUUGUCAGUCAUUCUUACCUCCUCUCUGAAAACCCUCAACUCAGAGCAAGAGCUGCAGGAUAGUGGGUUUGGUCAACCACCGCCUCGCCAUGGCCUCAAAUUACUGGUGUGGUAUGUUCAGAGUUGCCUGGACAACAACAUGGUGGCUCUGUGUGAUCCCAUACAAGGACAGUAUGGAUUUCAUCUGUUUCGGAACCGAGGGCCCAGAUAUCUGCUUCCAGUGAUUAAGGACAAAAAGCAAUAUGCAUACUAUACCAUUGGAAACCUUCAUUCUCCACAUGCCAAGGACCUGCCAUAUGAAGUCAAGAAGUACUAUAACAGCAGUGACCCCAGAAGUAACCAGGACAGAGUUUUGGUGAGAUACAACAACAACAAUAAACACAUUGAAGAGAUCUAUGCGUCUGCACAUUAUAAGCUGAAAGAGACGUACAUAAUUGGCCCUGAUCUUGUUGCCUCUCUGCGGCAUCCGACAGCCCUUGUUAUCACAGAAAUGUAAUAAUGUACUUAUGAUGUAAAAUCUCUCUGUGAAAACUUUAAUAGCUCUGUGACUGUUCAAAAAAUCAUGAUGGAUUUUCACAGAAAUUACAUCUUAAAUGUGAAAAAAACAUUUUUAAACAAUCUUGAUUGACAUAUUUGGCUGCUGCUUUUCUUUGUUGUCAAAAAAACUACUUUGAUGAGCUGAUUUCUAGACUUGAGUAUGAGUCAGGAGAGUUUGUGUAACCCUGUAAAGCCUGCUUGCUUGUAGAACAUAUAGCACAAUGUUUCUUUGAUAAAAGAUUUAGGGAAACUUCUUCAAAACUAUGCAAUAAAAUAAUGGGAUGCUUUGGAUUA